AAUUUAAAUCGAACAUCAAAAUGAAGCAUCAGCAAGUUGUUGUGGACUAUUGGACCAUGUUGAAGACGUCUGCACUCUGUAUACUGUUGGCCAUAACGGGCUUUAUAUUCCUCAGAAUGGUGCAAACGAUAUUUUGGCUGCCCAAACGUUUCAAGCAGAACCAGGAGCGACUGGAAGCCAUAGCCAAGCAAUAUGGCAAGGACAUGGAUCCGGAGGAGCGUGCCGAAAUUGAAAAGAUCUUCGACAGCAACGAGCCCCUAACAGAGGAGCAGAUAAAUAAACUGCUGGAAGGCUCGAGGACCGCAGGCGCGGAGCCCAAGAAGCAACAGUAGUUACUAACUAUGUAUGUUAGGACUUAUACUAAUAAUAAUUAAGUAUAUCAUAAAAGAGUUUGAUUUGUUUU